AUGUCAUCCAAAACUCUCGUCGACCUAGGAUGCCGUUCCAACUACAUAUGCAGGUCAUGCCUGCUAGCUCUUCCUAAACCAACACUACCGAAACCUUCAGCUUCAAGGUACUACUCCAGACCGGCUCGGACCUUCUCGAGAGCUCCGGCUCCACGACCGGUGCGCAGAGGCAGGGCACCGAUAGCCCUAGACCCCAAGCCGGGACUGAGAGAGGCAACCCCAGCGCGGAAGGAUGACAACGGAAAGGAAGACGAUGUCCUCAUCCGCUAUUUUGAGCAGGACCCGUCCGGGAAGCGGCGUGAGAUUUCCAGCCAGACCAAGUUUGAAGAAUCCAUGGAGGACGAGACCAAGGCAGCCCUCGACGAGAUCAACCAGCUCGAAGAGCUACUCAAAUCGCCCAACGGGCUGAUGGAGAUGGCCAAGCGCAUGGGGCUGCUCUCGGAGGACGGCAAGGUGAUUAACAAGGACUUGGACGAAGCUCUGGGCAACGACGACGGGGAGUUUGCGCACGAAAUCGACGUGGAGGGCCUCAAUGUGCGGCAGACGAGGCAGAUAAUGCAGCUCAACUGGAACCUGCAGCGGGCAACCAAAAAGAUGAGGACGCCUGGCAAGGUCAGGCAAAAGACGAUAUACGAUGCAUGGAGGCUGUACUCACUAGCUCGGCCUGUGCUGCAAAACUCGUGGGAGAGAGUGCCCGCUGGAGCGUGGGAUCUUCUCUGGGAUCUACUGUCUUGGGAUGGACCCGAAAACACUAACCGAAUGGGACGUGUAUAUCAGCUCGGCAAGGAUCUGCGCAACGCAGGCGUGCAUCUGGAUGACGGACGACAGCUGCUGUUGAUCGAGGCGGCAUUUGUGGAUGGAAAACGCACAGAGGCCCUCGAGGCUUGGAGACGAUUCGUCGCUGUCGACCCUGCAUCGCAGGAGAAGUACCUCGAGCUGGGCGUGCGCAUGUAUUCGAUCCACGGCGAUGUGGAUCGCGCACACCGGGCGCUCGAAAAAUACAUGGCACUGCCAGAGGGCUCACGGUCCAGCCCCCGCUUCAUACUGCACUUCAUCAGAGCUUGCGUGCGUGACAGCAAUCGGCAGGACCUGGCCUGGAACACCUACCGACUACUGCGAGAGAUGCUCGGCAAGGACAUGAAAAUUGAGGACUACGACGAGGUCAUAUCGGCACUUCUGGUGGCCAAGCAGACCGAGACUGCCUUCCACGUCUUUGUCGACAUGAUGUUUUCGGGCGCCAUAGACGUGCGCGGCAAGACGCGGCUGCCGCUCAAGAUUGCCAAUCAAUUCUUCAUGGGCAAGUGGCUGAAGCGGCUGAUCGGCGCUGGCGACCUCGAAGGGGCGCUGAGCGUGCUCAAAUUCAUGCAGACAAAGGGCAUCCUGGCCGCCAAGGUGCAGGUAAACGGACUGAUUGGCGCCAUGCUGAGAUCCGGAGUAGCGGAGAAUCUCGAAAAGGGUGAACAGAUCGCAUGGGCCAUGAUCCAAUCUCGCAAAACGUUUGUCGAGCUGCGCCGCCGGGAGGCGCUGGUCGACUGGCCGAUCCGUUUGCUCCAGACGCCUCAGAGCAAGGACGAGAUCGCAAAGGGGCUGGGGUUGCACUUUAUUCCGCAGGCGAGUCUUGAGACCUUUUCGCUUAUGGCCGAAAACUACCGCGAGCGACGCCUGCACGCCAAACUUGAGAAGUUGUGGGUGGCCUUCCAGUCGUGCGAGAUCACGACCGACGCAUUUAUGCUCAACCAACUACUCGAGUCGUACAACCAAGAGGGCCAAGGAGAAAAGGCGCGCGAUGUCUACAACCGCUUGACGGAGCAGCACCUGCUGCAGCCGGAUGCGUAUACCUUCUUUGCGCUGUUCAAAUCCCUCGCCGUCAACCGACUCUACUGGUCGGCCGUGACGGACGAGAUCCGACACAGCGAGAUAGCCAUCUGCAGGGAUCUGUUCUCGCGCAUGGUCAGCUCCACUUGGACUUUCAGCGCCGAAGGGUCCAACGAACAGCCGCGGGGCGCCCUGACGCGCAUGCUGCUGCACUCGUUCCGCAAGUGCGGCGACCACACCGGCCUGCUGGUGGCCUUGCGCGCCUUGUGGGAGGUCUACGGCUACUCGCCCAGCCACAUGAUCUGCCUGGAGCUGCUGGCCGAGACGGCCGACCUGGGUCACAGCAACAGGAAGUUGGUCGAGGUCAACCAGCGAAUCCAGGCCGCGUUUGACGCCUCGGCCGAGCAGGCUGCGAGCGAAGCCGGCGUGCAGCAGGUCGAGUUGACCGAGCAGCAAAAGGCCGAGGUGUUGCUGGCCCUUUUGCAGGAACACUACUACCAGAAGAUAGACGUGGGCUCGGAUGAAGAGUUCAACGAGGAGUACCACAGGGCUGUGGAGGAAAUGGGGUUGGGUGAUAUCCUUGUGGACAUAGAAGAUGCGCAGUAG